AUGACUUCUCGACCUUCCCGGUCCGCUAGCAUUCCAAUCCCGAGAAGCUCCGCGUCUACAUCCCCCACUAGGAACAUAGAAUCCGUAAUAUCCAUCCCCUUCAUUACCACAAGCGUCCGACCUCGUCUCCAAAGCUCAGGGUCACAUACCGUCCCCGAUGACCAUCGUGGCGUAGUAGUAGCUCACGGUGUACGUGGAACCACUACUAGUACUUCGGCCCUCAGCACCUCUCCAGUUAGAGCUACUGCAAGGUCAUUUACUCAACCUCUUGGUUCUCAUUUCCGCCCUCCCUCCUCGCGAUCGGCUACUACCUUUGAACCCCGAAUCAUACGCGCAGAAUCAUCGCGCAACAUCGAUCCUUCAUGUCUACCAUCCUCAUCUACUCCUCCUGUACGGACAAGGAGAGCCAGUGCAGCUGGAACCCGAGCGUCCAGCAUGCAACGGAAUCGUUCUACCUCCAUGACACUUUCGGCUCCUAUUUCUUUCACCCGACCUGCAUACCUUGACCAUUCGUCUUUCAAAGAUUUGCUCCAAACAGAAGCCCCUACGACGUUCACAGAGGCUGAAUUUCGCUCCAGAGCCUUGUCCCCAUCAACAGACAGCGAAGACGACAGUAAUGCCAGUCCUCCCCCUAACAAACCUGCUGUGAUUUCCGUCGCCUCUCCCGAUCAAACCAUGAAAUUACCAACACGAUGGAGCCAUGAAUAUCGUCAUCAAUCAUUGAGUUUGUCUGGAAAUGGACGAGAACUCAGUUUUCAAGGCGCUAGUGGUAAUGGAGAUAGAGAUGCCGCCGCCGCACGGUCCAUGCAACCAAUCCCUCCAGCAUGCGGAGUGUAUUAUUAUGAAGUGGAAAUCCACAGUAAAGGCCAAAAGGCGCACAUAAGUGUCGGUUUCGCUGGUCCUGAUGUCAAACUGUCCCGUCUUCCGGGCUGGGAACCAACGUCCUGGGGGUAUCACGGGGAUGAUGGAUGCUCCUUCGCCGCAGAACGAAACGGAACACCUUAUGGUCCUACUUUUGGAUUGGGGGACGUCGUUGGUUGUGGCAUUGACUUUAGCACUAAUCAAGCAUUUUUCACAAAGAAUGGCACUUUCUUAGGGAUCGCUUUUGAGAACGUUGGCAAAGGUAUCGAGAUAUACCCUACCGUCGGUUUGCAGCAUUUAGGAGAGUCCGUCAAAGUCAAUUUCGGACAUGAGGAUUUCCAAUUCGGCAUUGAUUUUUAUGUCCAGCAGCAGCGUCAGAAAACAUGGGCUGCUAUUAUGAGCCGACCACUCGACCCGACUCUGUUUUCUGCCACAGCAACGAACGAUACAACUGGAGAGGAGAUUGCGCCUUCACUGCCAGAAGUAUCCGAGCAACAGUGCAAGCAGACUCUAGACAAGCUUGUGCUUUCCUAUUUGGCGCAUCAUGGAUACAUAAAAACAGCAAGGGCAUUCAAGAAACAAAACCGAGAAGCCGUUGAAGAAAGUCCAGCUUCACCCUCAGUUGAUGACGAUAUCGACAUGGAUGAUGUUCCCGAACCAUCAACUCCUUCUCCCUCGACUAGUGUUCUGGAGGCCGAUAUCGAAUCACGAACUCGGAUAGUGAACUCCGUUCUUUCUGGUAACAUCGAUUCGGCUCUCACAGAGACUAAAGAGCAUUAUCCUGGCGCAUUAGAAGCUGACGAAGGAUUAAUGUUCGUAAAGCUCCGCUGUCGUAGAUUUGUGGAGCUUGUAUUGGAAUCAGCGGAGCUCGAGAAGAAGAUGAAGGCAAUGGCGACCAAAGAGCAGGCUACUGCUCCCGAAAUGGAUGGAUUAGAGGAGGGCGGGAUGGGUAUGGAUGUCGACGACGACGACCUUUUCCCUGGCAGUCCAGUGACUAACGGAAGUAAUGGGGCAGCCGGAGCUAGCUCCGAAAUUCCAUCCCGGCCUCCUUCAGCUAGAGACCAAUAUGAAGCAGCGCUGAAUUCCGCUAUAGCAUACGGUCAAACCUUGGAUAAGGACUUCAAGAGUACACGGAAUCCUGAAAUCAAGCAGAUAUUUACUCGUGCUUUCGCUAUUUUUGCCGUGUUUGAUCCAUUAUCAGCUGGGGGCACAAUUGCGGAAGUUGCGGGACACGAUGCGCGGGUACAGUUGGCCAAUGAUCUGAACCAGGCUAUACUUCGAUCACAAGGUCGUCCAACUCAUCCUGCUCUGGAGAUGAUGUAUCGCCAAACGGCAGUGUGCCUUCUUCAACUUGGUUUGGCUAGAGUGGGAGCGGCAGCUUUUGCUAACAUGCAAAAAGAAUUCCUCAGUGCAUGA